GUUUUAGUUGCAUUGUGGGUGCAGAUAAUUGCGCUUUGCGAUCAGACUCGCUGCAACAGUAGAGUGUGUUUGAACUUUCCUCCGUGAAGCGCACGCCGAGAGGACUCGUUUUCAUCUGUUUUGCCGUCUUUUUUGACAUACAGCCGAACCAUGACUGAUGCAGAAGUUAACCCCAAGGCUUAUCCCCUGGCCGAUGCUACGCUGACCAAAACCAUAAUGGACCUGGUCCAGCAGGCGUCCAACUACAAGCAGCUCAGGAAAGGUGCAAAUGAAGCCACUAAGACACUCAACAGAGGAAUUGCAGAGUUCAUUGUGAUGGCUGCUGAUGCUGAGCCCCUGGAGAUAAUCCUGCACCUCCCGCUGCUCUGUGAAGAUAAGAACGUGCCCUACGUGUUUGUGCGCUCCAAGCAGGCUCUUGGGCGUGCGUGCGGGGUGUCCCGGCCUGUCAUCGCUACGUCAGUGACCAUUAAGGAGGGAUCUCAACUGAAGCCGCAGAUUCAAUCAGUUCAGCUGGCUAUUGAACGACUGCUGGUCUAAAAAAAAAAGAUAUGCAGGCGUAAGAUAUUAAUUUAGUUACUUGGGCAAGUACUGAGAGAGGACUUUGUGUUUUAAUUCAUCCUUAGUUUUCUUUUCCAUUUUCUUUUAGUUGCCUAAACAGAAUGACAGAACAGAUUGCCCAUUCCACUGUACACAUGUAUUUCUUUGCAUUUUGCAGAGCGUUCAAUUUUUUUUAUUAAAAACAAAAGUUGUA